UCAGAGACACAGCUCCUCUGCAGAGCGAUCGGGAGGGUGUCAGUCCGUCUCUGAAGUGCUUAGUUUCAUUGUGUGCCGUUGUUCCCAAUAACCAAGGCUCCUCUGCAGUCUAUCAGCUCCAUCUCCACCUCGCUCAUCUGCCUUCCUUCGGGAGGAGCUGGACAAGCCAGCUGCACAGAGGGGAACUAACAGGAGGAUAAUGACCUAAAGGCCUUUGUCAUUUUGCAGAAUUUGUUUUACCAAAGACUGUGGAAUAAAGCUAUUUCAGCUCAGGGUGUUAUUUUUGGUGCUGGGUAAAAGAUGAGGAAACACCGGUUGUUACCGCUGUGCGCUCUUCUGGGCGUACUGUUUGCAGGACUGCUGCCCAAACUUGAUGCUCAAGAGGAAGCACAAGAGUCAGCUGACCUUGUACUCUUAAUUGACGGAUCUGAGAAUGUUGGAGCGGCCAACUUCCCCCGUGUGCGUGAUUUGGCUAUGAAAGUCAUUGAGGGCCUUGAUGUGAGCAAGGAAACAAUUCGGGUGGCCGUGGCUCUGUACAGCGCGGACCCCGAGGUUCAGUUCUUUCUAAAUACCCAUGAGAACAAAGCCGCUGUCCUGGAUGCAGUGAAGGCCAUUCAGUUCAUAGGCAGCGAUGAGGCUAACCUUGGAGCCGCCUUGGAGAAAGUCGCUGAGAGCCUGUUGAGUCCGGCAUCAGGGGGCAGGGCAGAGGAGGGGGUGCCCCAAGCUCUGGUGGUUAUCAGUGCUGGACCGUCCAAUGACGAUUUCAGUGCGGGUGACAGGGCCCUUAAGGCAGCAAGCGUUAUCACGUUUGGUGUAGUAGUCGGCGGCGCGGCCACCGCCGAGCUGGAGACUAUCGCCACAGACAAGAGCUUUGUUCUGUCGGCCCCUGAUUUCAGAGCAGUGGCAAGCAUGGGUGACCAGUUGCUACCAUACAUUAACGGGGUGGCCCAGCGCACCAUUGUCAUUCAGAAUGAAUUCACAGAAGCCUUGGAAGUGGGAAAAAGGGACAUCAUUUUUCUCAUUGACAGCACUAUGGGCGCCACAAUGAUCAACUCUCUUCGUGAGUUUAUCAAAAGGUUUGUUGACACCAUGCCGAUCGGACCGGACCAAGUGCAAGUAGGUGUGGCCCAGUUCAGCAACGCUGCCAGGCUUGAGAUAGACCUGAAUGCAUAUGGAUCCAAGGAGGACCUGAGUGCGGCUCUGGGAAGACUCAAGCCAAGACCGGGACAAGCGGUGAACAUCGGGGUGGCCCUGGACUUUGUGAGGACCAACAUGCUGAGGGCUGACAAGGGGAGUCGUAUUCAGCAAGGUGUGCCCCAGCUGGUGCUGUUGAUGACCAGUAAAAAGUCCAGUGACAGUGUGGGGCAGGCUGCUGAGGCACUGCAGCGCAUGGGAGUUAUGACCCUGGCUGCCGGCUCUAAGGCUGCCGAUGAGCAGGAGCUGAAGCAGAUUGCCUUUGAUGAGAGUUUGGUGUUCAUGCUGAAGGAUUUCCGCAUAUUGCUUCGCAACCCCACGGUGAUUGUCUCUCCCCUCUCCACUCUAUCUGGGAUUGUGGUGACUGAGGUACCCACAGAGCCAGUGGUUGAAAUUUCAACAGUGCAGACCCAGCGAGUAGUCAGAGACAUCGUCUUUAUGGUGGAUGGCUCUAGCUACAUUGGGGGUGCCAAUCUUCCAUAUGUGCAAGAUUUCAUUGUCGGCGUGGUAAACAGGCUGGACGUGCGGCCCGACAGGGUGCGCAUUGGCCUCAUGCAGUUUGCAGAAAACCCAAAGAUCGAAUUCUACCUGAACACACACAACACAAAGCAUGAUGUGCUGACCAGCAUUGGUCAGCUCAGGCUAAUGGGAGGGUCUACUUUGAACACAGGAGUGGCUAUGGAUUAUGCCCUUACCAACAUGUUCCAGGCCUCGACUGGGUCACGUAAGAGGCAGGGUGUCCAACAGGUGCUUCUCCUGAUCACUGGAGGCCCAUCCCAGGAAGAGUUUAAAAAGAUAGCAGACAAAGUGGCCAUGGCGGGUGUAUUGACCUUCACAGUCAGUGCCGGCCAGGCAGAUGAGGACUACUUGAAGACGGUCGCUUUUGUCCCAAACUUGGCUUACCAUGAAAGCAGUUUUUCUAGCCUGCCAAAUGUUGUUGAACAGAUCAUGACUCCUUUGAUUACUGUGGUCGGUGACACAGACAUCUCAGUAACAGACAUCGAAAUAACCGAGGAAGCUGCAGUCAUUGGAGGUGAGAGGGAUGUUGCAUUCCUGAUUGACGGCUCUGAUAAUGUCCGAACAGAUUUCCCCUACAUCCGGGACUUUAUCAUCAAAGUCAUUGAGCCUCUUGAUAUUGGACAAGAUAGAGUACGCGUUUCAGUUGUCCAACAUAGUGAGAGGCCAGCUCCCAAUUUCUACCUGAAUACAUAUAAGGAUAAGGCUGAAGUGUUAAGGGCCGUUAAUGAUCUGAGACUGGCCGGUGGAAGGAGUCUAAACACCGGAAUGGCCUUGAAAUUCAUGAAGGACACUAUCCUGUCCCCGGUUCAUGGUAGCCGUGCGGCCCAAAAUGUCCCCCAGUUUUUGAUCGUUUUGACCGGAGGCAAGUCAAAGGAUAACGUGAAGGAAUCUGCUGGCGCUUUAAAGACAGAUGGAGUGGUACCGUUUGGCGUUGGUGUCAAGGAUGCAGACCCUAAGCAAAUUGAGGACAUUUCUCACAACCCAUCCUUUGCUUUCAACGUGAAGGAAUUCAGCCAGCUCAAUACGGUCCAACAAAAGCUUAAUAGCUAUGUGAGCCUUCCCAAGGAACAGCUGAAGGUCAUUCUGGAGCAAGCUUCGGUUCAUGCUAAUGCUAUCUCAGUUCAUACUGAUGCUGUGAAAAGAGAUAUUGUAUUCCUGCUGGAUGGUUCUGACGGCACAAGGAGUGGAUUCCCAGCAGUGCGAGACUUUGUUCAAAGUAUAGUGGAUAAACUGUCUCUGGAGGAGAACAGAGACAGAGUCUCUGUGGUUCAGUAUGCUGACAAACCAGAGGCCCAUUUCUAUCUGAACUCUCACAAAACAAAGGAUGCCAUUAUUAAUGCCGUAAGUAAUAUGAGGCACAAGGGUGGAAGGAGCCUAAACACUGGGGCAGCUCUCCAGUUUGUAAGACACCGUGUCUUUACUGCCUCCUCUGGCAGUAGACGACUGGAAGGUGUGCCCCAGAUCCUGAUUCUUUUGACUAGCAAGAAAUCCAGAGAUGAUGUUAAGGGCCCUGCUGUAGCUCUUAAAGAUCUGGAAAUUGUGUCAAUGGGGGUCGGAGUUGGGGACGCCAAUGUCCGGGAGUUGGAAAUGAUUUCCUUCCAACCUGGUUUCACAUACCAGGUCACUGAGUUCUCUGAGCUGCCCUCAAUCCAGCCACAGCUUGUUGCUAUGCUUAAAAGCCUGUCGAAAGACACAGAUGAAUCAGUAGCUCCUGUGACUCCUGAAAUUCCUGAUUUAGAAGACGCUCCACAGAGAGACAUAGUGUUCCUUUUGGAUGGAUCUGAUGAUACUAGGGGUGGAUUUCCAGCAAUCCUUGGCUUUGUUCAAAGAGUAGUGGAAAACGUCAAUGUUGGAGAGAACAAAGAUCGAGUUUCUGUGGUCCAGUACAGCAGAAAUCCAGAGGCCCAUUUCUUACUGAACACAUAUCCAGAAAAACAAAGUGUUCUAAGUUCCAUUCGAAGCCUACAGCACAAAGGGGGUAGACCACUCAACACUGGGGCAGCCCUGCAGUACGUGAAGGACAACGUCUUUACUUCCUCUUCUGGAAGCAGAGGCCAAGAAGGCGUCCCUCAGAUACUGAUACUGCUGAGUGGUGGCAGAUCUCAAGAUGAUGUUGGAGGUGCUGCUGCAGCUUUGAAACAGGACAGAAUUAGAGUAGUGGAGAAACUCGCUGUGGAGGAGAACAAAGAUCAAGUGUCUGUGGUCCAGUACAGCAGAGAACCAGAGGCCCACUUCUAUCUGAACACUUACACAACAAAGGAAGACGUUGUGGACAGUGUAAGAGGCCUGAGGCACAAAGGAGGGAGACCCCUCAACACUGGGGCAGCUCUCCAGUAA